AUGGAAAACUAACAUCCAUUCAUCGUACUUCUUCUGGGAGACUGCAAUACAGGGAAAUCAACAAUAGUGGGGAGAUAUUUGGAGAACAAAUUAGUUGAACCACAACCAACAGUUGGAAUAGUAAAGCGAGAGAGCCAAAUAGAAAUUGGUAACAGCAAUUAGAAGGCUUAAGUAUUUUGGUUAGCUAUUUAGAUCUACGACACAUCUGGGAAUGAAAAAUUUAGAGCCUAAGUUUUGGCUGAAUUUAAGAAUUCAUCAGCUGUGGUAUUGGUUUACGAUAUAACUGAUUAUCAAAGCUUUUAAAAUGUGCAGACGUUACAGAAAGGUAUUGAGUAGAUUGAUUGUGACUUAGAGGUGGCAAGAUAGAAUCCAAAUAUAGAUUAUUGGAUAGUUGUGGGAAACAAGUUGGAUUUGAAGGAGCAAAGAAAAGUUCAUAUGGAUGAAGGAAAGAAGUUUGCAUCAGCGAUUGGGGCUAGAUUUAUGGAAUGCUCAGCUUAACAACCAAGCAAUAUCAAUUUGAUAUUCUUGACAAUUCAACAAUGGACUUAGAUUAACAUUUAACCGAAAUAUGUCCCAGAGCAAACUCAAAGACUUUUGGAGAAAUUGAAUAAUGAUGAGCAACAAAAGCAACUUUAGACUUCUACCUCGAAAAACAAUUAAACAAAAUUCAAAAAUAAGAAUACGAGUUUCUCUUUGAUAUAGAAUAAUACGAAUAAUGUAGUUUCGUCGUCAUUUGAUGAUUAAUAAAAUUCAUUUAAUGGAGAUAGCAUGUAAGAUUAUUUUGCAUAAUUAUUAAAAAAAGCAGAUUAGUAGACUCAAAAAGUAAAUUAAUGAUAUUAUAAAGUUAGCAGAUGUGAUUGUAGAGGAAGCAUAAGAAAAUAUAAUUUAAUCGUUGAAAUAACAAACAUUGACAAUUUCAAAUUCGAAACCACUAUAUCUUCUCGAAGAUCCAAGUUCUCAGUUAUAAGAGAAAGCUGAAGACAAAAUAUCAAUGAUGAAAAAGAAGCAUAAAUAAUUAGAUAAGUUGAGGAAAGAGAUUGCGUAAAACUUGUUACUUGUUCAGGAACAAAGGAAGAAGCUUACAACUGAUUAAGUUAUUGAGAACACUUAAACUUAAAAGUUAGAGAGAGAGUUAUAAAAAAGAUUGUUGAGUGUUGAAAAGAAUAUGGAUUUCUUGAAAACUGAUAUCAUUUUAUCCUAAAAGUCACAGAAGUUUUGUACUAAUAAAAAUCAUUUUCUAUCAAGUGAUUAAACUCAAAUUCUCAAAUAACACAUUAACUAAAUUCAAAAUCCGGAACACAUUAAAGAGUAGAAUGAACAGAUUGCUAAAAUCAAAAUUGAAAGAAAGAAACUAGAAGAAUCAAGAAACAAUAGAUAUAAACAAUAUGUUGAUAAUUUAGAAUCUCUGUUGAAAUAGGAGAAGGAAGUUAGGUAAAAGAAUGAAUAAGAUUUAAUUCUAAAGAGAAAAGAAAAGGCCAUGUAAAAGAUAGCAUCAAUGGAUAAAAUACGAUAAGAGCGAUCAUAAUAAAUGAUUAAGCAGAAUGAAUAAGUGAAACAAAUUAUUGGAACAACACCUUUACAUAUUAAAUUAGAAAAUGUAUUCUAAGAGAAGAAUAAUACCUCGUAAUUAGAGGAACACAAAUUAAAAUUGAAAUAAAUUAGAGAUCUACAUUAACCUGUUAGAAUGAAUGAUUUGAAAGUAUGGGAAGAAAAUUAUGAAAAAAGGAGGAAAUCAUAGGAAGAUAUAAGAAAUUAAAAAAUUCUCAAAAAUAAUCAACUAUCCUAUCAUGCAUCUUAUGAAUCCUCUGCUUAUAAAUAAGUUAAAGAAGAAUAAGCUAAAUAUCUAAAAGAAAAGGAAUAAACACUCAAGGACUAGUAAUCAAAACAAUAAGUUAAAUAGGAUUUCAUAAAUAAGCUUAAGGAUUACCUCCCUUCUAUUAGCCCAGAGAAAUAAUAGGAGUUAGAGUAGAUCAUUAAUAAGGCACAUCACAAAAUAAACUUUUAUGAGUUCAUAGAAAUGACUAAGAAAGUCAAGUUAAAAGGAGUGUUUUUUGACAAGGAGGGGAAAAUCCUAGAAAGAAGUGUUGAUGUAAAAUUCUUAUAUACAUAAGAUAGGAAGAAUACUAUGAGAAAAUAAAGGAAAAUGAAAAGAAUGAAGAAUAAAAUGCUAAGGUAAUUGGAAAUAAGUAUCUGAACGAUAUGAGAAAGAUUGUCAAAAAACCUAGUUAACAUCAAAGUGUCGAUAAGCUCCAAUCUCAAUCAAAUCCAGAAUAAGGGUAUUAAUAGGCAGUUAGAAAUCCGAAGCAAAAUAAGUUGAAUGAAAUCAAAUCUCAUUGGAAAUUAAAGCCCAAAUUGACAUUUGAAGAAACAGAUCUUGAAAAAAUCAUAGAUGGAAAUGAGGGUAUGUAUUUAAAAUAUUGGAGUGAAUGGAUUCUCAAAUCAUCAUGUCAUGCAAGAAGCAAAUAAAUUAGCAUUUGAAGCAGUCAGAAAAAUGUAGAUCAUAGAAGCGAAGGGAAAGGGGAAAGAGUGCUUUAAAGAUAUUGAAUCAGCAGAUAAGUUGCUAAUCAAUUCCAUCAAGGUUGAUAUUUGAUAGCAUUUAUUUUUAGGCUAAACUUUCUCUAAUGGAAAAGGAACUCAAGUCUGAGAAUCGAGGAUAAGAGACAUCUACUAAUCAGAAUCGGGGGAGAAGUAAUACUAAAUAGCAUGUAUGA